UUUCGAACGCGCCAAAUUAGGUGAGAAGUUGCGGGAAUGAUCUCGAUCGCAUUUUGAUUCUUCAGUUUUUUGUUUAUGUAUAACUAUAAAAAACAAUGAUUUAAAGAGAAUUCUAAUACUGUGAAACAAUUAAUUAUUGUAAAUUUAUGUCAAUAUGUGUAUAUAAGUAAUAAACAGAUCAUUUGCAAGUGAAUAAUAAUACAGAAAGUCAAGAUAUAUUUUCUACCGCAAAGAAGACCCAAUCCCGACAUGGUUUGCGAAAAGUGCGAGAAGAAGUUGGGUAAGGUUAUCACGCCAGAUCCUUGGAAGACAGGUGCGAGAAACACUGUGGAAAGUGGAGGUCGUCAAGUAGGAGAGAACAAGGCUCUAUCUGCGGGAAAAGCACGAUUUAAUCCAUACACCACAAAAUUCGAGAUUUGUAGAAUAUGUAGGCAAAAGGUACAUCAAGUGGGAUCCCACUAUUGUCAGUCCUGCGCAUACAAGAAGGCUAUUUGUGCUAUGUGUGGCAAAAAACUAAUGAAUACAAAGAAUUACAAGCAAUCUGCAACCUAAUAUAAACAAUUAUAUACACUUAAGACUAAUGAUUUAUCAUACAAGCACAUUACUGUAUGUUUCAAAAUGUAAGUUUGACAAUCGUUUGAAUAGUUUUUCAAUUAGAUUACCUGAUGGCAUAUAACUGCAUCAAGAAUAUAUAUAAUAGAACAUUAUGUAUAUUAAUACUUGUGUGCAUAUGUAAUAUAAUCAUUAUUACAAAAAACAUUAAUGCGCACAAAAUGUAAAGUUACUUGUACAAUGUAAGUCAAUUUGUUAAUCGUUAUAUUUUUGAUUAAAUUCUUAAUAUCUACAUGAAAA